AGUGUCAAAUGGAGAAUAGUUGUUUAGCGUUUCUCAGCUUUCUGUGUGAAUAAAAAUCAAUAUGUAUUUUGUGGUGUAUAGAGAGAUUCAGUCGUAGAAUGUACCAAUUAUAGCAGUGAUAUUCAGUAGUUCUAUGUUAUAUUACCGAUAGUAAAUACAAUGGACGAAGCAAGCGUGCCUUUACAUUUGGAGCCGAUGCAGCCCAAAGACCUCUGCGAGAAGAGGCUGUGGAUCGGCAACUUGGACACUAGGGUUAAUGAGUAUCAACUACUGAAAAUGGUCCGCGUGUACGGCUCUAUCGAGAAGUUCGACAUGCUGUUCCACCGCAGCGGGCCCUCCGCGGGGCAGUCGCGCGGGUUCGCCUUCGUCACGUACCAGCGGCGGCAGGACGCCGUGCUGGCGAUGAACUCGCUUAACGGACAGCUGCUGGGCUGUAAGAAGAUAUGUGUCAAGUUCGCUAAGAACUCUGCGGAAGACCAAGACCGCCCCAAGCCUGAGCUAGGCAUACCAGCCCUCUCCGGAGCCAAGCCCGAACUAAAACUAAGCAAGAAGACCGCCAUCCAGUCCAUCGAGGCCAAACUGAAGAUGAUGGAGAACAUGAAAGCAGGUGACGACUUCGUAGUCAACAAACUGGCGGCGAACGAAGCGCCUAUUAUUAAGCAGUAUCAGACGAAACAACAGCCACAGAAGUCUGGCACGUCCUUUAGACGGCGGCAUCCUUAUCAUAGGAAAAGAUAAAUAUUUGCUUAUAGUUAUGUAUACAGGUCAUAAGUUACAUAAGUUGAACAAAUGGAAAAGAGAGAAGCAACCGUUGUGCCGAAUUGAUAAAUAACCACAAAAUUGAAAUUUUGAAAAAUCCCUGACCGCGACAUAGUGGACCGAUUUUCAUGGAACAUGGCUAAGAACACUCCCGACUAACUCAGCUUUCAAACAAAAAAAAACUAAAUCUAAAUCGGUUCAUCCGUUCGGGAGCUACGAUGCCACACACACAGACAGACAGUCAAACGUCAAACGUCGUCGUUUUUGCGUCGAGCGAUAAAUUAGACUAUAAUUAUGACUAGUAAUAUUUCAGAAGCCUGAAAUAUGUAUUAGUUAUAAUUGUUAUGUUAAUGAAAGCUGCAAUCAAUUCAACAUACAGUAACUGUUCUCGGGACUGUACUUUCGCUACCAUUUCAUUUAUGUAAAAAGUGCAUAAAAUGUCAAGAAUGUCACAAAAUUUGAAGUAAUGUGUGCUUGGUAACUAAGAACCCUUGUUUAAUUGAAUGAGAUUGUCGAAUAUACUUAUAGAUAAAUAAUAAAUAGUUCACUGCCAAGUUUAACCUUUGCUUUAUUCGACAUUUGCUAUCAUUGAUCAUUAUCAAAGAGAGUUUAUUAAUAUAAAAUAAGUACAAUGUCGUAUGGAAAUUCUUGAUAUUCGCUAAAGCAAUAUUUACGCAAAUUAUAAUGUACAACAAUUUGCCUUCUCAUCGCUUUCCACAUUUUGGUGUACAUACAGUUUGAAGCAACUAUAUAAGUUAUAUACUGGCAACACCGGCAGGCUAUUUAAAUUAAAAAAUGUUGCCAAUUUCUAAACUACGUCUCACAAAUCUCAUCUAAUAAUUUAUUCGUGGUUAUUUUACAAUUAAGUCAAUCAGUAUUAGGAAAUUAAAUACAAAAGUACUUAUCUCUUAUAAAAUAGUUCAAGACAAACAUUGUAUACUUACAAAAUAUCAAAUAAUAGUGUUCUUUAUCACAGAAUAUAUUGUAAUAUACAGACUUGUUCAAGUCUCUAUGUAGUUGUAUCACAUCACUGAUUUUUUUUAUGUAACUAUAAAUUAUUUGUAUUUCCUAAACUGUAAAUUAGACUUCACUUUAAAUCCCUGUGGAGCUCAUGGCGCAAUUUCAUUAGU